CCAAUGACGAUGGGUGAUUGGGGCUCCCUGGAAGUACCCGGGAGAUGUCGCCGAGACGCAUUGUGGGAGUGUAGUGUGUAAUUCAAGAUGUCAGCGUACGUGCGGCUCGGGUGGCUGAGUCGCUUGUUCACCGGAGGCAGCAGGUUCCGACGUCGGCCUUUCAUCGCAGUCCCCAGUCAUGCUCCAGUUGAUAAUAAAUCUGGGGCUGCUGUUGCUUGUUUAAUAAAGCAGUUGCAUUCAGUUGCGCCCGAGGGUUUACUGGGCUGCAGUCGGUGCUGGAUGGUAACCAGGGUGACAGGAGCGGCCUGCGGCGACGGCAUGGCCCCUGGUACCUGGUUCCAGCAGAGGCGAACCUUCCAGGACUUCGGUGAGAGGAGCGGCGGUACCUCUGCUCACUCCGGGGAUGAUGGUAUGGAAGGCGGAGCUGCCGAUGGUGGGGAAGGGGCUGCUGGUAUGGCCCCUGCCAUGACGGCGCUUUCUCCCAUGAUCGUGCCGGAUGUUUUCCCCAAUGUUCCCUUGAUCGCGGUCACCAGGAACCCAGUGUUUCCCAGAUUUAUUAAAAUUAUUGAGGUCAAAAACAAAAAGUUAAUGGAACUCCUUCGAAGGAAAGUGCGUUUGGCUCAGCCAUAUGCAGGAGUAUUUCUUAAAAAAGAUGACAACAAUGAAUCUGAUGUAGUUGAAAGUUUGGGUGAGAUUUACCAGACGGGAACAUUCGUUCAGAUCCAUGAGAUGCAGGAUUUGGGAGACAGACUGCGUAUGAUUGUAAUGGGACACAGAAGAAUCCAGUUAACUAGGCAGCUGGAAGUAGAGGCAGAUGAAUCAGUAUCUGAAGAAUUUGAGCAGAAUCAACACAUAGCUCAGAGGAAACAAAAACCUGAUGGAAUAGAUGGAGCCAAUGGCCAAAGCUCAGAGAUGUCCAUAAACUUGGAAUCCCAUCUACCUCCAAUGGGUGAACUUCUGAUGGUAGAGGUAGAAAAUGUUUCUCAUGAAGACUUUCAGGUCACAGAAGAGGUCAAAGCACUUACAGCAGAAAUUGUGAAAACUAUACGUGAUAUCAUUGCCCUGAAUCCACUUUACAGAGAGUCAGUGCUUCAGAUGAUGCAGGCUGGACAAAGGGUAGUGGACAACCCAAUUUAUUUGAGUGACAUGGGAGCUGCUCUCACAGGUGCAGAAUCACAUGAACUACAGGAAGUUCUGGAGGAGACCAACAUUCCAAAACGACUCUAUAAGGCAUUGUCUCUGUUGAAAAAAGAGUUUGAAUUGAGCAAACUACAGCAGCGUCUUGGAAGAGAGGUAGAAGAGAAAAUCAAGCAGACUCAUCGCAAGUACUUGCUUCAAGAGCAGCUGAAGAUUAUUAAAAAGGAGCUGGGGCUGGAGAAAGAAGAUAAAGAUGCCAUUGAGGAGAAGUUCGAGGAAAGGCUGAAGGAACUGGUUAUUCCAAAGCAUGUCAUGGAGGUUAUUGAUGAGGAGCUGAACAAACUCAACUUGCUUGAUAAUCAUUCCUCUGAGUUCAAUGUGACCCGAAAUUACUUAGACUGGCUGACAACAAUGCCUUGGGGAAAAUGCAGUGAAGAAAAUGUGGAUCUGAAACGAGCACAGGAGGUGCUGGAAGAAGAUCAUUAUGGCAUGGAAGAGGUCAAAAAACGCAUCCUGGAAUUUAUUGCAGUUAGCCAACUGCGUGGUACUACUCAAGGGAAGAUUCUGUGCUUCUAUGGUCCUCCUGGUGUUGGCAAAACCAGCAUUGCUCGAUCUAUAGCAAGAGCAUUGAACAGAGAAUAUUUUCGAUUCAGUGUUGGAGGAAUGACUGAUGUGGCAGAAAUCAAAGGUCACAGGAGGACAUAUGUUGGAGCUAUGCCUGGAAAAAUCAUUCAGUGUCUAAAGAAAACAAAAACUGAAAAUCCAUUAGUUCUUAUUGAUGAGAUUGAUAAAAUUGGUCGUGGUUAUCAAGGGGAUCCAUCUUCAGCACUCCUGGAACUUCUCGAUCCAGAACAGAAUUUUAACUUUUUGGACCAUUACCUUGAUGUGCCAGUUGAUUUAUCAAAGGUACUUUUUAUCUGCACUGCUAAUGUGACUGAAACAAUUCCGGAACCUCUCCGGGAUCGAAUGGAGAUGAUUAAUGUUUCCGGCUACGUAGCACAGGAGAAGCUUGCAAUUGCUGAGCGUUAUCUAGUUCCUCAAGCAAUGACUAGCUGUGGCCUGGAUAAAGAGAAGGCACAGAUCACACCUGAAGCACUAACUAUUCUGAUCAAACAGUACUGCAGGGAGAGUGGGGUUCGCAAUCUGCAAAAACAGGUGGAAAAGGUAUUGCGCAAGGCUGCAUAUAAAAUUGUACAUAAAGAGACUGACAGGGUAGUGGCAACACCAGAGAACCUCCACGAUUUUGUUGGAAAACCUAUCUUCACGGUGGACCGGAUGUAUGAUGUCACUCCUUCAGGAGUUGUAAUGGGUUUAGCCUGGACAGCUAUGGGUGGUUCAACUCUCUUCAUUGAAACUUCCCUUCGUCGACCAAGGGACAAAGAAAGUAAAGAUGGUUCUCUUGAAGUGACUGGUCAGCUGGGAGAUGUGAUGAAGGAAAGUGCAAAAAUUGCCUAUACAUUUGCCAGGGCCUUUCUCAUGCAGAAAGAUCCUACUAAUGAUUUCCUGACUCAGUCUCAUAUUCACCUCCAUGUGCCUGAAGGUGCCACCCCCAAGGAUGGUCCAAGUGCAGGUUGUACAAUUGUAACUGCAUUGCUUUCUCUGGCGAUGGAUCAACCUGCAAGGCAAAAUUUAGCCAUGACUGGAGAAGUGUCAUUGACUGGAAAAAUCUUGCCUGUUGGUGGAAUUAAGGAGAAGACCAUUGCUGCAAAGCGAGCUGAUGUUAACUGCAUCAUUUUACCAAUGGAAAACAAAAAAGAUUUUUUUGAUCUACCGAAGUUUAUUACAGAGGGCCUGGAGGUGCAUUUUGUUGAACAUUACCAGGAUGUGUAUGAUACAGUCUUUCCAAAUAAAUAAGAUUAUUGACUGUUGAACAAAUGAUUGAACUGAUUGCAAGACGUUUCUCUGUGAAUUGCCCUUUGUAGAAAUACAGUCAGAUGUUAUGUGCUGGUCCCAUUACACUGCUGGAGAGCUUAAGAUGGCAAAAUAAAUUGAGCAUGAAGAUAUAUGUAGCUAUUUUACUGAAGUAUUGUAACAAAUCUCAGCAUCAUAAUAUCAUUAAUUAUGUUAAGAGACUAUUUUAAUAAAUUUUCUAGAAUUAUUCCGUAAUUUUGAUAUAAUAAAACCUUGGGGCAAUUGGCAUCAGUAGAUUAUGAAUAAAUAGACUAUGUAUGAUAGCCACAUUUAUCAGGAAGGCUUCAUAUUAUCUCUAGUUUUUGCUAAAUUUAUAUAUUUGGUCUUGGCACAACUGGACGAUUGAGAAAAUUUCAACAAGGUUCCUGAUCUAGAGAUGCGUGAGUGCUGCCUCGUGAAAGUGAAGUCUAGUCUGUGAUAUCUUCAAUCAAAUUGCUUUUUGAUAUUCACUAGUCAUUUAGGAGUCUGGCAUCUGUGUUCCAUGUCCAGAUAUAAACUGACACAUUCUGAAUGGUCUAUGUUAUUUUGUUUUUUUUUACUUGGAUAGAUGCUGAUAAUUGAGUGUUCUGCACCAUUGCUGGAACCAUAAAAUUCCCUCAGCAUUUCCCAGGGAAUCUUUCUAUGUCUGAGAAUAAGACACGUUCAAACCAGUGUGAUUUUUUUUUCUCUCUCAGUAACUUGUCUUUGCAUUCAUUAAUUUACUUGGGCAACCAUGCCCUUUUAUUCAGAGUUGGUUAACCUCUGAUCUUCUUCAUCCUUUGGGUGAAUACAAAUUGGAUUGAUUUAUCAAUGACUCCCUGCAACUGCCACAGCUGUAUUUGUAGGUUCAAUCAUGUCAGUCUUCUAAAAAGCCAACUUGGCUGUCUGUUUGUCAUCUGAAAAAGCGCAUCCUCUACCUGAGGAGAAAUGAGCCUUAAUUGGUAAAGUUGUUAGUUUCAGCUGCUACUACUACUAUUAAUACUAUUAUUUUGCUAGGGAAUUUGAUGCUUCAAUUGAAACCAAAAACUUGGGAACAAUUGAGGUUUUAAUAAAUUUUCAGUAUACUAGUCAUUGUAUUUCAAAGUAUGUGUGAAGUUAAAGAUUUAUGGAUUCUUCAGAUGAAAGUAACUGAGUUUUGCUGCUGAAUCUCCUCAAAAGAAUUGAGAUUAAAUUUACUGCAAAGUUUUGCUCUCCUGUUGCCAGUGCCUCUCCCAUUUUGUAAGGACAUUUUCAGCCUUGAAAGUCACAGACUGGAGGCCUAGGGAAGGGGAGAUCUGCAUCUGUUUGUUUCUUAUUUAAAUGGCUUCUGUCAGGAAGGUUACAGCAUGUCACUUCUGUAGUAGAGCUCUAAUAAAGUGCAAUCCAGCUAAUCCCUCUCCCAAAAACCUGCACUUUCCUUCCAGAUAGCUUCCAUCUCCCUGUUGAAUACAAUUUACUUCCCAUUUGCUGCAUUUUUGUUUAAAACGUGUAUCCCUUUUGAUGAUCACCUUAUUUUGUAUCCUCUAGUCUUGACACAGCCAUUAGUUUCUUUCUGUCUACACACCAUUAUAUUAAAUACAUCUAUCAGAUUCUAUCAAGACCCUCUAAUCCAUCACCGUUUCUCCUGUCUAUUACCUUCUAGGAAAUCUAUUGCUGUCACUAACUGCGUGUCCCUUGAAACAAUUUGCCUCAACCAAAUCCAUGCUGGCUUUUUGUUCAUUGAUCCACAAGUGGCCUUUUGACUGCUAAUUCUCUGCCUGAUCAUUGUUUCAAGACUUAAUCCACCAUUGAGGUUAAACUUGCUAGCUUCUAAUUACCAGGUUUAACCCUGUACCUUUUUUUUGAACAUUGGAAAUGUUACGCCAAUGUUCUGUUCUUUAGCCACCAUCCCUAAAUCUAUGCAUGUCUAAAAGAUUAUGGCCAAGGUUGCUGCAGUUUUCUCCCUCAGCAUUCUGAGGUAUCUCAUCUGGACCAGGUGAUUCAUCCACUAAGUGUAACUGGCCUUUCCAACACCACCUCUAUCAGUUUUUAGCCCAUCCAGAAUCUCAACUGUGUCUUUGAGAACCCAGCAUCCUCAUUGCCAUAUUUGAUAAUGUGCCUCUUUAGCACCUCAGCUAUACCUUUCUCUGAGUAAAUUUCCUUUUUUAGUCUGGAUAUUAAGGGCAGUCCAGACAGAUGACCUGCUAUGAUCUUAAUGAGUAACUAAGUGGACAUAAGGACUCAAUGGUUCCUACUAAUGCUUUUCUGCCUCUCGUUGGUCCCACUUCUUUCACAACCCUUUUCCUGUUUACAUGCCUAAAGAAUAUUUUGGUUCCCUUACACUUGCUGCCUGUCUUCUCAUUCUCUUCAUUUUUUCCUUUUCCCACCUUAUUUUUUUUCUGAAGCCUGGUUAAUGAUCAGUCGUGUGCUUUUUCUCUGCUCUACUCUGUGGUCAUACAAGCUCAAGCUUUUUCCUACAUUUCUCUCAUUGUUCAAUCCAAGUUUUGAUUCUAAUUUACCCAAGCCAGAAGUUUUCUUAAUCCAUUGAAAUCAGCCCUUCUCCUAUUAACAUCUUUUUUUAGAACUUUGAAUUAUAUUUAAUUUAUAUUUUCCUUAUCUGUUCUAAAUCUAUUGUCUCUUAGAUGUUCUCCACUGAUUCAUUUUUCACUGGGCCUGGCCUCAUUCUCCAAAACCAUCUCCAGCUACACCAGCCCAUUAUACUUUAAUAUAUUGUCAUUCUAAUCUGAUUUGCAUAGUUGGGAGUACCAUCCACUAUUUAUCACUUUUUAAUCAUUCUAUGGUUUUUGGAUGUCAGAAGUUUUCUCAUUGUCCUUUAUCCUAGGCAGUGGCGACAGAAUAGUCCCAGAAGUGCAAUCACACAACUCUUCACUUGCAUCUUUUUAUUGCUUGAAGCCAUCCUCUCACCAGUGUAGCAAUAGUUUCUCUAAUCAGUCUGUCUUCCAUUCCUUUCCUGAACACCUAGUAGCCAGGAAUUCAUUUUUUUUUAAAAGAACUUUGUCUGUGUUAUUACCUUAUUGUAACUUGCAGCUCAUGAAGCUUGUUUUAAUGAUUCGAGUGUUCACAUGCACUGCAAAUCUCUUAACCAGGUCCCAAUCUUUUUGCAAUUUUUCCCAAUGCCAUCUUUCCUCAAAGACACUAAUUCCAGCACUGAGGUACAAGUUGUCUGGCCUUUAUGGGUUACACCUUCUCCAGAGUUAGUCCAAAUGCCCUAGGAAAGGGCGGCACAGUAGCAUAGCAGUUAGCGCGACGCUAUUACAGGGUUCAAUUCCCAUCGCUGUCUGUAAGGAGUUUGUACGUUCUCCCGUGUGUGCAUGGGUUUCCUCCCACAUUGCAAAGACAUACGGGUAGGUUAAUUUGGGUUUAAGAUGGACGGCAUGGACUUGUUGGGCCUGUUACCAUGCUGUGUAAAAAAAAAUAUACAGCCCUACCUUAUGUACCAUUUCUCCCUUCUGUAUGCAUUUAUCCAUGCUUCCCUCCCAUUUCUUUACUUGUUAGCACAUGGCCAGUGCCACCAGGGAGAUGAGUGGUGGAAUUAAUAGAUGCGUAGGGAGAAUGGAUAACAAAAAGUUUAACUGGGGGAAACAGGAUUGCAUGGUGAGCCAGUUUAGACGAGACUGGCCAAAUUUCAUAUUGAUAUGAAGUAAUAAGGCUUUGCAAAGUACCAGAAAUGGUUCCAUGAAAAAUCAGUUCUCAAUUGUA